UAUUGCCGAACUUUGCAACCCCGUUUUCCCAUCCCUGCUUCAGAUUUGUCAUCGAUUCGUCAACGCGUGGGAAAAGAAAUCUAAAAUCGGUUUGUCUGUCGCAAUUGUGAAAAUUGAAAUAAAUUGUAAAUUAAAUUGUUGGUGAAUUUGCAAAUUAAGUGAUAGUCACACUGUGAGCGGCGCAUUCAGUUUUAGAAACCCUGCGUUGUAAUCUCUCUUGGCGGUUUGAUAAGGAAAACCCACAGCUUCAGUUAUUUUCUUUAAGCUCAGCGUAAGCAAACAAAAAAACAACACAUCAAAAUGUCAACAGUCGAUAAAGAGGAAUUGGUUCAAAAGGCAAAAUUGGCCGAACAAUCUGAAAGAUACGAUGACAUGGCCCAGGCUAUGAAAUCAGUCACAGAAACAGGCGUUGAACUGUCAAAUGAAGAAAGAAAUUUACUCUCCGUUGCAUACAAAAAUGUUGUUGGUGCCCGCCGAUCAUCGUGGAGAGUAAUUUCAUCAAUCGAACAAAAAACUGAAUCCUCCGCCAGAAAACAACAACUCGCCCGCGAGUACAGAGAGCGCGUGGAGAAGGAACUGAGGGAAAUUUGUUACGAAGUUUUGGGUCUUCUGGACAAACACCUUAUUCCAAAAGCCAGCAAUCCAGAAAGCAAGGUUUUCUACCUGAAAAUGAAGGGAGAUUAUUACAGGUAUUUAGCUGAGGUGGCCACAGGAGACGCACGCAACAGCGUGGUUGAGGAUUCGAAAAAGGCCUAUCAGGAGGCAUUCGAUAUUGCUAAAGGCAAAAUGCAGCCAACACAUCCGAUACGUUUAGGCCUCGCCCUCAACUUUUCCGUAUUCUAUUAUGAAAUUAUCAAUUCGCCGGCGCGCGCCUGCCAUUUGGCUAAACAGGCGUUCGAUGACGCGAUAGCCGAACUGGAUACACUCAACGAGGACUCAUACAAAGACUCAACGCUGAUUAUGCAAUUGUUGAGAGACAACUUGACCCUCUGGACGUCGGAUACGCAAGGGGAUGGCGAUGAACCACAGGAGGGUGGUGACAACUAACCAAACUAAAUUGUUUCCUUUUGACUAUGCAAAUAUUAAUUAAAAAAUAAUAAAAACAAAAACAAAAAUACAACCAACAGCAAAAGAGAGAAGUACAGAAACAUAACAACAAGAACAACAACAGUACAGUACAGAACAUAGCAAGCAAAAUUUAAAGCAAAAAAUAAAAACAAAAUCUUCAAAUAGUGUGAAACAGCGAGGCGAAAGCUACAUAAAGAAAUACAAGCAAAAAUUUAAACAACAACAGCAACAAAAAUUCAUUUCAAAUGCCACAGCGGUGCAACUACAAAUACAGCAGCAACAACCAACCACCACAUGCUAUAACAGAACACCAUUUGAAUGCAACAUCCAACCAGCAACAACUUCAAGUUAAAUGAUGAAUAGCAAUAUUUUAACUCAGUAAUGAAUAAACGAAAAGAAACGCAAAAAUUUCAAAUGUGAUUUCCACAGUCGUGUCGAGUCGACCAUCAGUCGACAAUGCGACGAAAUGCAUGGAAAGCAAGCAACAAGUUAGCAAAUAGCCAAUAGCUAAUAUUCGCAGCAGCAUGUCUUGUGCGGUUUUCGAAAUUCGUUUGCACUUUUUGUUGCAUACACACACACAUCUAUACAUAUGUAUGUACAUAGUUCAAAUGUGUAUUAUAUUAUGUAUUCUAUAUAUAUGCGCAAGGAGGAGAAUAGUGUGGCACGGCGAAUAAUUGUGUGUGUUCAAAUAAAAAAAAAACGCCCAGUGUUUAGCAGUUUGUGUCUGCUGCUACUAAAUCAACUUGUGAUUUUAGUAAGUUGAUCAAUUUCAAUCCGCAGCCAAAUGUGUUUUGUUCACCACUCGGUGUUUACCGUUGGCCGCACUGUUCUCUCAAGUAACGCAGGCCGUUUGUUGUUGGCUAUUGCAAUGCCACAGCAUAAAGCAUAUAGAGCAAGUAAGCAAGCAAGCAAGCGAAGCGAAGCAAUGAAGGCAAUAAUUUUUUGGAAAACUUUGGAAUUUUUUAAAUUUCUUUUUGUGUGCUGCAACACGCGUGAAGUGUGUACUGAAAUUCAAUGUGUGUUUUGCCAUUCAACAACUUGAAACCGAGUUGGAAAGCGCAACUGUGUGGAACAACAACAACAGCAAACCAACAACCAACCAGCCGUGAAAACAACCAAAAAGCAAGAAGAGCAAAAUUCGCAUGAAAGAAACUGCAAUAAUUAUGAUCGAUAUGCAUACACAACAUAUAUUUAAAUGAAACUUAUAUCAUUAAAGCUACAAAAGCGUAAAUUUGUUAGGCAGAGCAUUAUAUAUUAUUUAUUAUUUUUUAAUAAAUAAUUUGAUUUUGUUUUUUUUUUUAUAUUAACCAAAAGUCAUUCUCGUUUCGUUUUCCAAAUUUUAUACGUACCUUUUAAAAAAAACAACAACAACAAAAACUAAAGAAAGGUGAAAAUGUGCAUUUGAGCUGGGAGUUAGCUUAAAUGGGAGUAAAUAAUUUUUACUUUUCAAGCUAACUGCGCAAUGUUGCUUGAGUGCACGUUUUCGGACACUUUUUUUUGUUUUUGUUUGGAAAUCAUUACAAAACUAAACGGCUGAAUUGAAAAGUGUACCAAAUACAAACACAAAACGAAAAUUGUAGCAAAAUUUGUACACAACAAAAGAGAGAAAGCUUUUUCUCUCAACUGUGUACGUUUGUCAAAGGUCAGAAAAAAAAAGUUGUAUGGCAUAAUCCCGUUAGUAGACGUAUGCUUCCUCGAACAAUUUUUACGGCAUGCCAAUUCGUUUUUAUUCCCUUCCAAAAUUGUUUUGUCAAAGAAAAGUAUAAACGAUGAUUUCUAUAAUUUUUAAAUAAAACAACGUUAUUACGUUAUAUAUA